AUGAGCACCACGAACGAGCCCACAGACCAGCCAAAGGCUGACAAAUCGCGAACUGUAACGUGGCAGGAGAUUUCUGAAUGGCAGUUCGACAACAAGUAUAUCCUCAGUGGGUAUCGACCAGAGAAGGCAGACUAUCUGGAGAUCUUCACUAGCCUGACCUUUUUGCACAACGAGACUUGCAAUAUAUACACUCAUCUAAUCGGAGCUCUUCUCUUACCGCUCAUUACACCUGCUUUCCUGUGGUUCCUGGCGGAGCCUCGAUUUUUUAAUGUUUCAUCAAUGGACUAUGCUAUGUUUGGAGUCUACUUCUGGUGUGCAGAGAUCUGUUUGGUCUUAAGCGCACUCUACCACCUGAUACAACCCCACUCGCACCGCAUAGAAUCGUUCUGGCAUGGAAUGGAUCUACUUGGUAUUGUUAUUGUGACAGUGGGUACAUUCUCUUCCGGUAUCUACUAUGUGUUCUUCUGUGAAGCGAGCUUGCAAAAGCUACACUGGGCCAUUAUCUUAACCACGGGGACUGUCACCGGUGUUCUCAUUUCUAAUCCCCUGCUUAAGACACCGCGUUGGCGGAAAGUAAAGGUGGGUGCUUUCGUUGUUUUUGGUGCUUCAUCGUUUAUACCCCUAUUGCAUGGAGUCCAGCGAUACGGGUUUGAAUAUAUGCUCCAAUACUCGGGAAUGAAAUGGUAUCUACUCGAGCUUACCUUCUAUGGUACUGGACGCUUGGCACCCGGCAGAUUUGAUAUCUGGGGAAGCUCGCACCAGAUCUUCCAUGUGGCCAUCUUAUGUGCAAUGUAUACACACGUGACGGCUCUGCUGCAAGGUUUCAUGACCUGUCAUACACUAGAUGUGUGUCAGCUUCAAGGUGUUCAUUGA